AAAGGAAAAUUAGGAACAUUUAGUGUUUAUUAAGCACAUGAAUCACUGUUUAUCAGGUCAUUUUGAUGGAAACAGAAGCUCAGUUUUGGCGAUGUACCAGUUUUGGCAGUACAGAUUUGAUGAGGCAGCAGGAAUGGCUCUUGUACUGGUUGGGAUUUGCAGGGUUUGUGAACCCUUAGAUUGCCCUCUUAGUUAAUAAACUAAGGCAGAUUCAUAAACAAUCUGUUGUAGUGCAGUAGAUUAAGAGUUACCGAUUCCUCCAGAGAAACCAUCACUGUAAGCAAGGUGCAAACAUGCUUUGUGUUUGUUUGGUUGUUUUCUUAAUUGUGGGGGAAUUUGUGCAGAUGGAAUAUCUGCUUUUUAAAAUACUACGGUUUUGUGCAGAGUGUUUCCCCUCUCUGCAUAUGUGUACCAUUCCCCUUAUGCUUUCAAAAAUUGGUAAGUGGUUGAUUUGUAACUGCUUUGGCAAACUGCACAUGAACAAGUCAGUUUUCAUUUUUUUCAGGGUUGCUCAAUUCCAUAUUUGACGGAAAGAUGUUAUAAGUAAUAGUGGGAAAUACAGACUGGGGAAAAAAACACAGUUGAGUUAUUAGUUGCCAAAGUGCAUAGAAAAUGUGUAGUUUCACUUUCCAUGACAAGCCAUUCUGGCCUUGAGAAAAUGUGUAUGUGUGUCUUUUUAUGGUACUGAUCCAUUACUGUCUGUCUGUCCAUCUCUCACCCCUCUCUCCAAGUGCUUCUCAACCACACCACCUUUUCAGGUGCCUGUUCAGCAACUCUCAUCUGGCCAGCCAUGCUGAUCCUGACCUGCCCCUCCAAGCUGCAAUUGUUAGAGUCUGUGCUGCAAAGGAGCCUGCCUCAGACACUCCCAAUAAUCCCUGUAUCACCCUCAACAUUCCUCCAACUCAGCCAUUGUACUGUUUGGCAAUGGACCAGUCAACUCAGCAAAGAUGAACUCCAGGCAGCCAAUGAGAGUUGCCUCUCAGCCAAUGGGAGGCAGCCAACAACCUUCUCUCUCUUUGUGUCUUCAGCAAGGUCUAUGGGGCAGUGAUGUACAUCAACCGUGGAAACCCAGCUCAGCAUGAAGUGGUGGUAGACUCUUGGCCUGAGUUUAAAACUGUCCUCACUCGCCCACGUAUGGAGGUGGUGAAAGAUAAAUGGGAUUAUUAUGCCAAUUUGCACGCCACUUUCUAUCGGGACAUGGAUGCCUGUCGAGCUCUCUUGGAAAAUAAAGACAGCAUUGACUGGGGCAGGGCCUUUCAGCUGCAAGGUCUCCAAGAUGGGCUGUAUGAAAUCACCAAAGAUAUAGCAAAGACCAGAUGUGUCCAUCUGGAGCCAUAUUGUUAUUUGCCACUGAUGCACCCAAACCCCUCUACUCUCUCACAGAGCAGGUUCAGAAGUGACCUUCUACACUUUGGUACCCUCAACCCAUCUCAUGCAACCACACUCAAUGAUGCUUGGGACUUUGGGCGCAAUGAUCGGAGCCUGCGCUAUCUAGAAAGCUUGAUCAGAUACUUCCCUAGUGCUUGCCUGCUAGAUAAGGAAGGCCAAUUGGCUGCCUGGUCCCUUAGUGAUCCCUAUGGUUGUAUAUCACAUGGCUAUACCCUCCCUCAUUAUCGGGGAAAGGGAUGGAUAGGAAUAAUCCUGCAGAACUUAGGUGAAAAGAUGCAUGCUCAUGGCUUUCCUGUAUAUGUUGGGGUUCUGGCAGAAAAUGAGCCCUCCAAGCGGGCACUGCAGCACCAGGGUUUCCAUAUUCUUCCUGGGACAUACUACAUGCUUAUUGUGACACCAGUCCUCAAGCUGAAGAAUUAACAAAGAGAAAUGAUUUCUUCUGAAAAUCUGGGCAACCAUUUUUGAAAUUAUUUAUAAGAAGAGACAAACAAAUGUUAGGAUGGAGUGAUAGGUUUGCUCUGGAAAGGUUUGCUCUGGUCAAAUUCAAGAUUAAAUUGAAAGUGAGGGACAUUUUAAAGAGCCAUGUGUUAUUAAUUUUUAUGCCUCAAAAAAAGCACAAUUGAGCUUGGAAAAGUUAUUUGAAUG